UGUAAUUUUUGAGGUUAUGUUAUGUGUUGUUAUGAAUUUAGUCAUUUUUUGUAAAGAGAAUUGCAUGUCAAUUUGGCUUUAAAUGAAAUAGUUGUACCAGCGCGAGUUGUCUACAAUACGUAUUUUGUUGUUUUUGCCCCGUAAAUAAAUAUACUUCCGCUCUCGUUGAUUGUUCGAAGCUGUAGCGAGGAAGGUCCUCACCGUUACCAGCUUGUUGGCACACAACAACAUGUCAAUAGAGACUGGGUGUGUGAAGAUGGAGCCCGGAGAGGUGUGUGUGAAGAUGGAGCCCGGAGAGGUGCGUGUUAAGGAGGAGCCGGAGUGCGAGGAUAGUGCCUGGCAAGGAGUGAGCACGGCGGCUGCGGAUGCUGGACUGUAUGUUGAUCAUGUGGUCAAAGACGAGCUCGUGCUGGGCCCCGAGGAGCGGCACCGCCCUAAACUGCUCCCAUUACAAGUGUGUUCGGAUGGUAGCGCCGCCCGCGCCAGGGAACAGCUCGCGAUGGGUUGUUCCGUGGUGCUCGAGCGCCUUCGCGACGACGCCACUGUUUACAAACCACACAGCUGCGAACACUGUGGCGAACGUUUUAUAAAUAAAUCUAUUUUGAGGAAACACAUACAAUAUACUAACUUGUUAUUUGGACACAAAAAAUGCAAUCAGAAAUCAAGCUUAAACCAGAGGAUACACGCUGGAGAAAAGCCUUACAAAUGUAUUCAUUGUGAAUACAAGUGCAACAGUAGGUCAGACUUACGAAAACAUGAAAGGACACAUACUGGCGAGAAGCCUUUUCAAUGUAGCCACUGUGAUUUCAAAUGCCUUGAUAAAUCCAACCUACGACGUCACCAGAUGACACAUACUGGCGACAAGCGUUUUCAAUGUACCUACUGUGAUUACAAAUGCAAUAAGAAACCAAACUUAAAAACACACCAGAGGAUACAUACUGGAGAAAAGCCUUUUCAAUGUAGCCACUGUGAUUUCAAAUGCAAUCAGAAAUCAAGCUUAAAAACUCACCAGAGGAUACACACUGGAGAAAAGCCUUACAAAUGUAGUCAUUGCGACUACAAGUGCAAGUUUAGGUCAAACUUACUACAACAUGAAUGGAUACAUACUGGCGAGAAGCCUUACAAAUGUAGUCAUUGCGACUACAAGUGCAACCGUAGGUCAGACUUACGAAAACAUGAAAGGACGCAUACUGGCGAGAAGCCUUUUCAAUGUAGCCACUGUGAUUACAAAUGCGGUGAUAAAUCCUACCUACGACGUCACCAGAAGACGCAUACUGGGACGAAGCCUUUUACGUGCAGGUACUGUGAUAAAAAAUUCAGUCAGAAAGCAAAUUUAUUUCGGCAUCAGAUAAUACAUACUGGCGAGAAGCCUUUUCGAUGUAGCCACUGUGACUACAAAUGCCGUAAUAAAUCCAACCUACGACGUCACCAGAAGACGCAUACUGGGACGAAGCCUUUUACGUGCAGGUACUGUGAUAAAAAAUUCAGUCAGAAAGCAAAUUUAUUUCGGCAUCAGAUAAUACAUACUGGGGUGAAGCCAUUUCAAUGUAGCCACUGUGAUUACAAAUGCAGUCAGAAAACAAACCUACGACGUCACCAGAAGAUGCAUACUGGGACGAAGCCUGAAAACGUAGCAAUAGCGACUACAAGUGCAGCCUGAAACAGCACCUGUGAAGACACCAGAUGAUACACACGGAAGAGAAGCCUUGUAGGGAACGUUCACGUUGGAGGGUAUGGAGGCGAACUGGUCAGACAUGUGGCUUCCAAGCCGGAGGUCGUUACUCUAACUCUAGACACCACCGACUUUCUCGGGUCUUAUGUCCGUACGAAACAGCAUUUGAUAUUUAGGUACGAGUUGGUUUGGCGUUUGCUUGCUGAAGGAAAAUAUCGCGAGGAAACCAGCAUAAAGUAAAUGGCUGGCGUGAGGACGAUUGUUGCUCAAACCCCCUUGUACAAUGAUAACUUUGUUCAAUAAAAGAAAACAUCAGUUAUCUACAUAAUCUACAUCUCUCUCGCUCUUGCACUUUUGGAGUGACAUGGAUAGAGAGUGACCAGGCUGCUGCGUGUUUAAAAAUACAUACAGUGAUGAGUGAUCGAGUUUAUUUCAGUUUACAUACAGUGAUUCAGUAUUCCACUAUAAUUACCGGAAUAAAGUGUACAUUAGACUUAAAUAGACCGGGAUAUGGACCGUGAUUACCUUUUGUAUUGUUUUCGAGCUCCCGAUAUUUCGACGCAAUUACAUGCAUCUUGUUCACGGGUAGGUAUAAUAUCGGAAGCUCGAAAAUAAUACAAAAGGUAAUCACGGUCUGUAUUAGU